UUUAAUAGGAUGGACUAAAAACAAGUGUAACUUCCCUUGCAACGGCUUUUCUCAUCGAGAAACCAAAAGAGAAAGCUCCAAGAACGCAUCAAUGGCGUCAAAUCUUCUAACUACCUUCUUCCUCCUAUUUUUCGUUCUCGAUCUCAAUCUCGUCGCACCUUCUCUGACAUCUGUUUCAUCCGCCGUGGAAGUCCUCUCCGAUUCAAGCUACUUCUCCAUGGGACUCACUCUAAAGCUCGCGAGCCAAGAUCUAAACCUCGACGACUGGCAAGAACUCACCAUCUUCGCACCUUCUGAUCAAGCUUUCACCAGAUCCGGUCAACCUUCGCUUCUCGAUAUCAAGUACCAGCUCUCUCCGACGAGACUCUCCGGUGAAUCCCUUAGAAACUUCCCGAACGGCGCCAAAAUCCCUACUCUCAGAUCUAACUCAUCUCUCGUCGUCAGCAACUCUUCACGAUUCGGAGGUGGUAAAGCUUCGAUCAACGGCGCCGUGGUCCAAGACUCCCCUGUUUUUGACGACGGUUACAUCGUGAUUUACGGAUCCGACGAGUUUUUCACAUCCCCGACGAAGAUCUCCGACGAUUCAUCAUCGUCUUCUUCAACCCCAAACCCUACCUCAUCAUCUACUGGUUCGAUCCCAAUCCCUAGUUCAGCGACUCGUACUGCUCCAAGUCCUCCUAAUAGAUCUAAACCAGUAGUGAAAUGCUUCAACAUCUUUGAAUCGGCUUCAAGAUUGUUAAUGUCGAGAGGCUUCGUGAUCAUGGCCACGUUUCUCGCUCUGCAAUUGGAAACUUCAGGAAACAACGACACGAAUAUGAUCACAGUCUUUGCUCCAGUCGACGAAGCGAUUCCAAAUCCAACCACCAAGUUCUCCGAUUACGCUACUAUCUUCAGAGGACAUGUGAUCAAUCGACUUGUCUCUUGGAAAGAUCUUCAGAAACUUGCUUGGGAAGGAUCGAUUCUGCAAACUGUUCUCAAAGGGUAUGAAAUUGAGGUUUCUUGGUCUGGUGAUAUACUUCUUCUCAAUGGAGUCCCACUCAUCUAUCCAGAUAUGUUUGUCAACGAUUGCAUUGCUGUUCAUGGCUUUAAUCAGAUGAUCGAACCGAAAGAGAAACAGGUUGGUUUGGGAGAGUCUAUCUCAGUGCCUAACGAUGGAGAAGAAGAAGAAGCAGUAGAAGGUGUUCAUGAAGAGUACUCUUCUCAGUUAGGUGACUAUGAUGGUCUUCACUGAUUUCUACAAGACAAUUUAAUUCAACAAUAAUGUAGAGAGAUACACAUAUUAGCUCUCAUACACAUUCUCUGAUUCUCUUAAUUCCAUAAUCUCGAAUAUGUUCAGAGUGUUGUUUGAAAAUGAAUAUAUAGUUCUGAUUUUAGACUCUCUUUUGGUGAGUGUUACUGCCUUAAUACCAGUCCAUUUGUUGUGAUGUCGAUGAUAGUACAUGGAAUCAGUGCUUUAUUUUUCUUCAUAGUCUCUGAGGUUGUUGAUAGUUCUGGACGUAAACCAUGUUUGUGAACCUCUGUAUG